AUGCCCAUGAAAGAAAAAGUCAUGAACAGCAAAAACAUGAAUAAUUUUGCAGAACAAGAAGAUAAUUUUGAUGGUCUUUCCGGUGGCGGCGGCAAGAGGUGUUCCGGUGGCGACGCCGGAAGUUCGGUGAAGAAGUGUCAAGUGGAGAGGUGCUUGACUGAUCCGAAUGAGGCCAAGAUUUACCAUCAGCGGCACAGAGUAUGCGAGCUCCACGCCAAGGCUCAGGUGGUGCCGCGGUGGUGGUCGCCGGAAUCCGGCAGAGGUUCUGCCAGCAAUGCAGCAGGUUUUUUUUUAUUUCACGAGCUCUCAGAGUUCGACGAAGCCAAAAGAAGCUGCCGGAGGCGGUUGGCCGGCCACAAUGAAAGGAGGAGAAAGAAUUUUUCCGACGAGAACAAUAUUUCUCGAGCAACAAAAGGCUCGGCCACCAAGAAAAUGCAGAUUACUAAAAGCUUCAUUUUAUGA